UUGUAUCUUUUAUAUUCGGGUAUCUGAAAUGUAAAUUAGUGAUAAUUCUGUUAGUUUUUUUUAUAAUGUAGGGACUUUAUUUCAUUUGGAGUGCUGUGAAAGGAUGGUACAACAUAUGAGGGAAGAGAAAACCAGUGACGUCCAAAGCCUGGCAGAUCCAGGUCAUCCGGUGAAAUGUUCUCCAGUCAUCAUUGACAAUGUUCCUCUGAAUGGACCCACUCUGAAUGUACUCGUGUCAGAGAACUUCAUUCACCAGUCCAUGUCCAUCAUUGUGGAAGAUGCAAUAAAAAAGGCCACAGAUGUCAGAGAAAAGGUUUGUGAGUGGCGCUCUCCUGAGCAGCUGAAAGAGCUGCUGGACCUCGAGCUGAGAGAUGGGGCAGAGUCAGAGUCUGAGAUCCUGCAGCGCUUCAAAGAUGCCAUCAGAUACAGCGUCAAGACCACUCAUCCUCGUUUCUUCAACCAGCUGUAUGCUGGGAUGGAUCCCUACUCUAUGGUGGCAAGCUUCAUUAUUGAGGCCCUCAAGCCCAGUCUGUACACAUACGAGGUGGCUCCAGUCUUCACGCUGGUGGAGGAGGCUGUGUUGAAGAAGAUGAUGGAGCUGAUUGGCUGGAAGGAUGGCGGAGAUGGAAUCUUCAAUGCAGGAGGUUCAAUGUCCAACAUGUACGCUGUGAACUUAGCCAGGUACCGUUGCUGCCCUGACAUAAAGGAGAACGGCCUCUCUGCUGCUCCACACUUGGUCAUGUUCACGUCACAGGAGUGUCAUUACUCCAUUUCCAAAGCAGCAGCUUUGCUGGGGAUUGGCACAAAGAAUGUUUAUGCGAUACCAUCUGAUGAGAGAGGGAAGAUGAUUCCUUCUGCUCUGGAGGAGCAAAUAUUAUCUGCCAAAAGUGAGGGUGCAGUUCCCUUCAUGGUAAACGCCACUGCCGGAACCACAGUGCUCGGAGCAUUUGAUCCCAUCGACGAAAUUGCCGACAUCUGUGAGAAGCACAACCUGUGGCUGCAUGUGGAUGCAUGUUGGGGAGGAGCAGCUCUCGUGUCCAGCAAGCAUAAACACCUGUUAAAGGGCAUCCACAGAGCCGACUCUGUUGCCUGGAACCCUCAUAAGAUGCUGAUGGCAUGUCUGCAGUGCUCGGCUUUCAUGGUCAGAGACAAAACGAGUCUCCUGCAGCGCUGCCACUCUGCACGGGCCUCUUAUCUCUUCCAGCAGGACAAGUUCUACGAUGUCAGCUACGACACGGGGGACAAGUCAGUGCAGUGCAGCAGGAAACCAGACGCUUUCAAAAUCUGGCUCAUGUGGAAGGCUUUGGGAAGCAGAGAGCUGGAGCAGAGGGUGGACAGAGCUCUUGCCAUGGCAAGGUAUCUGGCACAAGAGAUCAAGCAAAGAGAAGGAUUCCGUUUGUUGAUGGAACCUGAAUAUGCAAAUAUUUGCUUCUGGUACAUUCCACCCAGCUUGCGAAACCUUCCAGAUGGCCCUGAGCUCUGGGGAAAGCUCCACAAAGUGGCACCUGUGAUCAAAGAGCGCAUGAUGAAGAAGGGCAGCAUGAUGGUAGGCUACCAGCCCCACGGAGAAAAGGCCAACUUCUUCAGGAUGAUCAUCAUCAGUCCUCAGGUCAGCAGGCAGGACAUGGACUUUGUCCUGGAUGAGAUCCAUAAUCUGGGAAAGGACUUGUGAUGACUCUCUAGCUUUGCACAUCAGAGGCAGGCUUGUUGAGAACAGGGCCAGUUUUACCACCACCAUUAUGCAGCCCCCUCCACCUUUCAGUUUUCACUUCCUUUUGUUGUUUACAAAAAUGUAUUUAAUCUAUUUAAAUGUAAGUAAGGCAGAGAAGUGAUGUAAUGACAGGGGCAGAGAUGUAUGUUUGUUUACCCGCUACCUGAUUUCCUCUUGAUUUAUUUUUGUUAUAGUUUUUAUAUCUCAUAGUGAAAUGCUGUUUGUCUUAGA